UUCUUAUUUUUUCGCAAAACGUAACAUUUGUCAACUAAACAAAUACUAACGAUUUAAAUUCAAAGAGAUAAUCCUUUGUAGUUAUUACGAAGGAACUUCACGGUCUUUAUAUUUACACUUGUUGACAUCUGUCAGUGUUCCACUGCUACGUGCGCUACUAUUAGAAGCCCAGCGGAUUUACACUUAGCCCCUCCCGAUUGGAUCGACGGCGCGCAUCCGUCCCGAGGCUAAUUCGAUUCCAUCUCUCGUUCGGAGCCUUCUCGUAUACCUGAGGUGUGCUCGUUUAGUUAUAAACUAUUCGAAGCAUGUGCGACUAAGUCGUUACCCAUCUUUGGAACUGCCUACUUCGACGAAAUCCCCUUUGAUCGACAUUCGGCGACCACCGAAUCCGUUCCGCUUACCAGCCAAAUCCUGUUCUAAUACGCUAUAUCGCUCAUAACGUACAAUGGCCACCACUGCCACCGUUCCGAGCAACGGCUCACCUCGUCCAAAUCCACAAAUACAACCAUGCCGAUACAAAGUAGGAAAGACACUAGGUGCCGGCUCAUAUUCCGUUGUCAAAGAGUGCGUUCAUAUCGACACGGGUCGUUAUUAUGCCGCAAAGGUUAUCAACAAGAGACUGAUGGCUGGUCGCGAACAUAUGGUUCGAAAUGAGAUUGCCGUGCUCAAAAAGGUCUCGAUGGGCCACCAAAAUAUCCUAACCCUCGUGGACUACUUCGAAACGAUGAACAAUCUCUAUCUCGUAACCGACUUGGCGCUCGGGGGAGAGCUGUUUGAUAGGAUCUGCCGUAAAGGAUCAUACUACGAAUCCGACGCUGCCGACCUAAUUCGCGCGACCUUGUCUGCCGUUGCUUACCUCCACGACCACGGCAUCGUGCAUCGAGAUCUCAAACCCGAGAACCUACUCUUCCGCACGCCCGAGGACAAUGCCGACCUUCUCAUCGCGGACUUCGGUUUGUCGCGUAUCAUGGAUGAGGAGCAAUUCCACGUCUUGACAACGACCUGCGGCACCCCGGGGUACAUGGCGCCCGAGAUCUUCAAGAAGACGGGCCAUGGAAAACCAGUAGAUAUAUGGGCCAUGGGUGUUAUCACAUACUUCUUACUGUGCGGAUACACGCCGUUCGACCGCGACAGCGACUUCGAAGAAAUGCAGGCCAUCUUAAACGCCAACUAUAGCUUCCAGCCAGCAGAGUAUUGGCGUGGUGUUAGCGAUAACGCAAAGGAAUUCAUCCGUCAGUGUCUUACCAUUGACCCUAACAAGCGCAUGACGGCUCAUGAGGCUCUAUCUCACCCUUUCGUCGCCGACUACAGUUUGAGCGGCGACGAUAGAGGCCAGAACCUACUCCCCACGGUGAAGAAGAACUUCAAUGCGCGUAAGACGUUACAUGCAGCCAUUGACACAGUGCGGGCCAUCAACAAGCUACGGGAGGGCCAAGCGCAUGCUCACCUGAUGGACGGUACCCGAUCAGCGGAGCCGAAGCAUGGCGCACCUCCGUUGGAAAAGGCCGAUGCAGAGAAAGGCGAUUCGGCCUACUCUAGUACGCAGAACGGCGAUGUAGAGAUGGGCGGCAUGAGCUCUACAUCGGAUGUGCCAGCGAGCUUAAGACCUGGCGCCGCUGCUAACAGAGUGGUUGAGACGUCGAAAGGUCUAUGGAGUGCUAGCCAGCCACGGCGGUGAGGCGGUAUCGAUUCGUUAGGAGCUGGGGUUGCAUAUCGUAUGGGGGGUGGUCGGGGCGAUUCUAUUUAGACUGCAUCUUGCGAUAGCGAGCGGAUCAAGAAGAGAGACUGAAAGGUCGUUUAGUUUUAUGACGAGAUGAGAUGAACUACCGUACGUUCAUGUACGUAAAUGAGAAAGAUAGCGAGAGCGCGUUAGCAUUCGCAUUAUUUGAAUAGUUAGCAGGCGAAUAUUGGCAAGUAAAACGAUAUAAUUCUGGCGAUGGAUAGUAUUAUAUAAUUAAUAUAGCUUAAGUUCCGUAUGGGAUUAUAUAGCUCGAGGUAUUGAUAUUGAUAUUGAUAUUAAUAUUAGUAUUAGUAUUAGUAUUGGAUUGCGAUAUCGAUG